AAAGCUUGGUGUGCACAAAUAUCCCUAUGUAAGUUGCUCCCGCAGCAAGCUCCGGAUCUCUCUUGUUGGUGACAUUUUUAGAAGCCUAGAAACAAGCACAUUAUACAUCUCCACUGAAGCCUGAGCACUUUAAACAUUGCUGAAACAAAAACCUUGCCAUUUCUGCAAUCAACAGAAAAUGCAGCUGUUUAAGUGUUACCUUUGUGCUGCGCUGCUCCUAAUGCAGUUUGAGCUGCAUCUAUUAGCUGCCUCUGAGAGCAGCUGUCCGGCUCUUGCUGGGAUGCCAGGCAUACCUGGACACAACGGCAGCCCUGGCAGGGAUGGAAGAGAUGGGGGUCCUGGACCAAAAGGAGAAAUGGGAGAUCCAGGUGUUGGUGCACAGGGACCUCCAGGGAAAAUGGGACCAGCAGGUCCAGUAGGUGCCAUCGGCACCAAAGGACAGAAAGGAAAUCCAGGGCCACCAGGUGCUUCUGCAGACAGCAGUUUAAUUAAAAAUCUUCAAUCAGACAUUAGCCAUCUAACCAACAGACUCAAUGUCAUAGAAAAAGUUUUAAGGUUUCGUGUAUUUAAGAGUACUGGAGAGAAAUUCUACGUGUCUAAUGGGCUGGUGGCAAAUUUUGAUGAUGGAUCGAGAUUCUGCACUAAUGUUGGGGGGAAAAUUGUCCUACCAACAAAUGAAGAUGAAAAUAAAGUGUUAUCUUCAAUACAUGUUGACCUUAAAUCUAACUACAUAUGGAUUGGAACAACAGACAUAGUGAAAGAGGGGACUUUUGUGAAUUUGGACAAGCAACCUCUAACUUUCACCAAAUGGAAAACAAAUGAACCGAACAAUUAUAAUGGGGCAGAGGACUGUGCUGCACAUCACAGUGAUGGUGUAUGGAAUGACAUUCGUUGUGACUCAAAAUGGAAUGUAGUGUGUGAACUACAACACAAAUAAACAUGUUUAUUGUAAUAAUGCAAAUAUGUAUUGUAUAAAUAAACAGUUUUAAA